AUGGAGGCCACUGUUCUUGGGGACCUUCAAUGCUGCAAAAAUGUUUUGGUGCCCUUCCCCAGAUCUAUGACACAAUUCUGUCUCAGAGCUCGACCGACCUCACUACUUGGUUUUUGUUCUGACAUGCACUGUCAGUUGUGGGACCUUAUAUAGACAGGUAGGGGUGUGUGUGUGUGUGCGUGUGUGUGUGCCUUUCCAAAUCAUGUCCAAUAAAUAUAAUUUACCCCAGGUGGACUCCAAGUUGUAUAAACAUCUCAAGGAUUAUCAAAGGAAACAGGAUGGACCCGAGCUCCAUUUGAGUUUCAUAGCGAAGGUUCUGAAUACUUAUGUAAAUAAGGUAUCUGUUUUGGUUUUUAUGCAUUUGCAAAUAUUUCUAAAAACCUGUUUUCGCUUUGUCAUUAUGAGGUAGUGUGUGUGUGUAGAUUGAUGAAAAAAAUAUGUAAUCAAUUUUAAAAUAAGUCUAACGUAACAAAAUGUGGAAAAAGUCAAGGUGUCUGAAUACUUUCCAAAUGCACUGUAACCCAUGGUUUAAAGAGCAGGUUGGAGCAAUGUUCUUCCUUUCAGACUAAAAUAUGAUGCUGUAAACCUGUAAACGGAUGCUGUAGCGUACCAAGCAGAAGGCGGUAACUGUAGUACAUUUUAAUGUGGACACAUGUCUUUAUAAUUGCAAUACCCCACUAUGGAAACACAUGUGUAUGUUGUCUACUGAACAACAUAUUUGUUGUCAUUUGGCUUUGCUUUUGAAGUAGGGCCUUUCCUAUAAGAGGCUGUAGUAGGGUCUUACAAUGACAGGGUCUUAUAAUCCACGCAUGGGCGCAGAUCGCUGAGCUUCCCCCAUGACAUCUCGGACACAAAAGCGUGUGAAGGAAUGUCGCAUUUUUCCGGUGGUUUACCUCCAGCGCGUGCGUGGUGCAUGCGCUGAGGGAAUAUCCGUGUAUAGGGUGUGUGGUCUAGAUCAAUAACUGUCGGACUGUAGCCAACAGUAAAAAUCUAAACACAUUCGGGGUAGUGGAGAGGGAGAACAUUGAUCUAUGCUGGACUGAUUUUAAACUGUGGGGGUGAAAUACGACAUUUGAUGCUCACGGCUCAGCUCGGACGCACUGGAGAGCUGCAGGAGGAAUUUACUUGGCAACAUAUUGGUCGUGGAUAGAUCAUCUGAAAGACAGAGUCCUGGAAUGACAGUUUGCGUUUUGUUUUAGCCAAGACGUCGAUGUAGUUACAGUGGAUUUUCUCUUAUGAUUUUUUAAGGAAUAACAAAGAUCCGUUUAUCCGGAGAUUAUUUGUCCAAGUGAUAGCCUAUAUAUCUAAAGGACAUGUAAUGAAGGACUUCUUCACAUUUACGAAAUUACCUCUAUGUAUGAGGGAAAAGAGCUGUUUUGCAUUUUUGAGGUUCUCCAAUUUUCAGGAUUGGGGCUACCUUACAUAACUGGGCUUUGUGUGUGUGUGUGUGUGAGACUGAUGAAAACGGUCUGUUGAACUGCGCUGCUACUUCACCACAUAAAGACGUUCAAGGGACGAGACCUGCCAAGAUCUGGAGGAGUGAUUCUAGAAGAUUCUGUUGGAUUCUCCUCGCUAUGAUCACUGAGGAUCUGGACUACCACUUGCUCUGAUCAGACAGGAUGAAUGACAGACAGAGUCCGGGAGGAGGCGUGCACACGGUGGAGGCAGACGUAAUCUUCCACCAUCCCGUCUGCUUGGACCUCCUCUCUUCCCCCUCGGAUGAGGAUGUCUGUCCCCUUCCACGGAAGCAGGAGGGGAACACCAAUGCUCCAGACCUGGGAUUCAUACUGGACGACCAGGGAUUCUGUCGACACAGCACACCAGUUACAAAGGAGUACUUGCUGGAUGGUGGUACGGUGAUCGGGAAUCAUCACUUUGACCAGCCACAAGGUGAUGGCUCAUACAUCUCAAAUAAAGAUCUUUCUCAUCAAGCAAAUACAUCUCACAAACCCAAGCUUGAAGCUGGUAGAGACCAGAACUGUGCUCAUGGCAGAAACGGUAUCGGUGAGGAUAUGAAUGGGGCGAGGGCCAAAGUUCCCUGCAGUGUGGGUCCCUCUCUAUACUUCAAGGGAGAGGCCAGAGAGGAAGCGGAAGGGUCUCUGUCCCUCUACAGAGAGAGCGUAGUGGGGAGUCGGUGUCGCAUCACAAACGUCUCCGCCUCCCCGGAGCAGGGGACCUCCGCGCCUGACACUCAUUGUAUCACCGCGGACAACCAGCCAACCAUACAAGAGCUGGAGCGCUUGUUCAGCCACAGCUCUGCCACCGAAUAUGACACAUUGUAUGGACAGUCAGGGCUUGAGUCGAACCAAGGACACAAGGACAGUAGUGGCCAUGGUGGGGUCAGUAACACAACGCCUAAAGAGGAGCCGGAUUUAGAGAUUGAAGUCGGUGGCCAGAAAAUCAGUGUUCACAAGUCUGUUCUGGCAGAGAAGAGUGACUAUUUCAAGGCUCGUCAGUCGAGAGACAUCCUGAAAGUGAAAGGGCUGAAGUACAAGACCCUGACCAUCCUGAUAGACUAUAUCUACACCUCUCAGAUGAAUGUACACAAGGACAAUGUGGUAGAGGUGAUCACAGGAGCUAAGAUCUUACAGAUCCCAUGUGCCCUCCAGGCUGCUAUGGAUACCAUCUCAGAGCAGGUCACAGCAGAGAACUGCUACGAGAUUCUAACUAUCGCCAAGAAGCAACGACUCAACGAACUGAAGGAGACGGCCUAUCGCUUCAUGAGUGACAAUUUCCUCCAGAUCCUGCGGGACCAAACGGUGUACGGGCAUCUGACUGGGUCGGAGAGGGAUCUGGUCCUGAAGAAGAGAAUGGAGGGGAAAAGGUCCCUGAUGGUCGCUGAGAUCAACGAUGUGUUCGACCGCGUCGGGAGCCGACCUCAGAGUCGCUGUAACAGUCGACCGCAGAGCCCUCUGUCCGCGGCGUCCUUCGAGGAGAACCACGUGAUUUACAGCUUCAACGAGGCAGCCAAUGACUGGAGACCUCUGACUCUGAUGCCGGAGGACAUUAACACUAAGGGCUGUGGGAUCUGCACCAUGUACAACUACCUGUUUGUGGCCGGUGGGAUAAAGGGAUAUGGGGAUAAGGGCAAGGUCUCAGACAAGGUGUUCUGUUACAACCCCAUCACUAACCGCUGGAGCGAGGUUCGGCCGCUCAACCAGGCGCGCUCGCAGCUCAAGCUAGUGUCUAUGGAAGGUAACCUGUACGCCAUAGGAGGGGAGUGUUUGUUCACAGUGGAAAAGUAUGAUCCUCGGACUGACAGAUGGACCACAGUGGCUCCCUUACCCAAAGGGGCGUUCGCUGUGGCCCAUGAAGCCACCACCUGUAACGGAGAGCUCUAUGUUUCUGGAGGGUCUCUGUUCUACCGUCUCCUAAAAUACGACCCCAAGAGGGACGAGUGGCAGGAGUGCCCCUACAACAACAGCAGGAAGAAGUCAACUGACAUGGUGGCCCUGAAAAGUUUCAUCUACAGGUUUGACGUGAACCGCGACCAGGGGGUCAAUGUGUUCAAGUACAACACUAUAGUGAAAAUGUGGCACGACUGUGUGUCACAGCGACAGGGCACCCCUUUGCCGUUCCGGUGUGCCGUCAUCGGAAGUUGCAUCUAUUGUGUGAACAAGACUCAGAUUCUGCAGUUUGUAGUGGAGGAAGACGGCUCUUACUUUGUAGAGGAACCUCUGAGGCCACCACUGGAAGCUAAGGGCAUACUCUUCCCUUUCAUCCUCAGUCUGCCUGACAAGACUCAUGUGAUAUGACCGUGUACCAAUGAUGCUACAUUACAGAAGCCCGUCAAUAGAAUAUAGUGGACCUUUUUAAAAUAUAAGGAACAUUUUUCAAUGUCAGCUUUAUUUCCCCCCCCUGUCCAGUUUACCUGCUCGUAAUGGAAUGUGUUGUCUUUGCAUGGUCAGUUACAGUAUCUACAGGACAAGCCUUAACAAGGAUGACUUUUACAUGUUGAAUGAGUGCAACCAGAAAUGCAUCUGACUCUACAUAAUGAGAUGACAUGUGCAGAUGUUUUUUUUUUUUUUUGUAUUUCCCUGUGUUCAGUUUGUAUUGUGCAUUUUUGUUUUAGCAGAUAGUUAGAAUAUAUAUUGUUUUUAAUUAUGUUGGCUGGCUGGUCGCUUUUAGACAAAAAUCUCACAUCAGAGGUGGAAUUGUCUGAGUGCAGGGGGCAGUUAAAGUAUGUUCUGACUGACAUAGCUGGCACACACAAGUCCUAUCUAAAUGAAACAAGCAAACGCAUAAGCAGCUUCAUCUGGUCCAGUACAAGGCCUGCUACGGUGGUGAUGUAUGCUCUGUAACAUGGCUCUAUGAAGAAAUGGUGGGGAGGGGAAAUAACAUUCACACCAAGGCCUGAUAUCAAAACUGCCUAUGACAUUACUUCACAAGGCCAUUGAACAGAAGGAGGAAAUUAGCCACAUACUGCAUAUAAUUCUGCAAUAAUGCUAUUCUACCAUUAUAUAUAAUCAAGGAAUCAUGUUGAAGAGCACAAUGCACUUAUUAGUGAAUUAGGUUCAAAACCAGUACCCACCUGUUCAUUCAGAACCAAUAACCAGCCUUGCAAAUUUCGUCAAAGACAACACUCUACAUACAGUUGAUACACUACAAACAUUGUUUUGUGGUGAACAUGAAUCCUAAGGUGAAUUCUUGCAGCACAAGGAGAGUGGUGUUUUUGACUGAUCUUUGGGAUCGUGUUAAGUUACUGGGUUUGAUUUGAAACGGGUCUUAGGUGUGCAAAGAUGUUUACAGAAUACAGGAUUGAGUCAGUGUAGAUAUGAGGGACAAUUCUUACUGCACACUGUUCACUCUUAGGGGCCUGGUCCUUGACUAUCACAUUUGCCAAAGACAAAAUAGUCUGGUAUUGUCUCAUAUAGUCUGAUAACAACACAUCAAACCCUUUCAGACGUUUCAGUAAAUAAAUCUAUAGUAAAUAUAUUUGGGUGAUUUUAAUAUCCUAAAUCCCCAAAAAUGUAUGUGACCUCUACAACACUAAGCAAUAGUAUUCGCAGCAAUGUAUCAAUGUUGCCGUGAUACAAGGGCACCACACUUGCUGCAACAAUAUUCUUUAACAUUCUUCAGAGAAGCGAGGAGUCAUUUCUCCUAUGCAGGACAGGAGAAUUUGCCCUUGUCCUGCUGAUUAAUGAAAACGCUAUUAUGUUGUCAUCUCCCACAAGUAUUUGAUGAGCCAGCCAGAAAGACUGUGAUACAUAGUAUGCACUUUCGAAUACUGUUGAACCGCCUCACAAGAACUUGACUAUUUCAGUAUAAUUUAUGCUAGCCAUGGCCUGUCAAUUUUAUUCCAUCCAUUUUAUAAUGCAUAAUCAUCUCACCCACACAGCAUUUAGCAGGAUGCAUACUUUUCAUCAACUUUAGCUCAAUGUUCAUCUGUUCUGCUAAGGUAUGCCAAAUCCCUAUUGCACUUUAAUACAAUAUUGGAGCUGGUCAAAUGGCACUCCAUCUCAUUGCUCUUUCUUAGAAAUGAGACCUAUUUGUUUAGUUUUUGCAACAAUACAUCAAUGGGAGUUUUUGUUAAUCUGUGGGAUUUUAUUCAGUGGAGUUUAUUUGGUAAGCAAGAUGCAACUAUCACAUUUGAACAGUAUCUCCCAGAGGCAGUUGAAACCGUUGUGACAGAGUGGAUGUUUUAGUUUGUUGUUUUACUGGCUGGCGUCAGUGUGUAGUGAAGCUCUUAUGGCCUGUCGGCUUUGGAUAUAAUAUUGCAAUGAUGAAUGGCUUGAAAGUACAGUGUUGGUUGAAGGCUUUCUUGCUGUUUAAUGGCAUUUAAUAAGUAACAGCUAAAAAAACUAACUGUUUUAAUUAUGUAUUUCAGUCAAAACUAAGUGCUGCAAAUAAAAUAUUUUGUGUCUGA